CACUCUCGACCCUUCCAACGCGUCCGGGGCCUCGCUCCAGACCUCCUGACCGGCCAUGGAGUUGACCUGGCCUUCGCGGAGUAACCCCCGCAGCGGCGACGGCGUCGUCCCGCGGAAGCAGACGACGAUCCAGUUCGGUCGCUCCAACCUGACGACCGCGACGCGGCUCACGCCGGCGGCGGCGCCGUUCGCGCUCGACGCGCUCGACGACGACCAGCCUUCUUCCCUUUCUCUUCGCACCUCCUCCGCGGUCUUGAACGUCGGCGUGAGCGGGCCAACCCCCGGGUCCGGAUCCAGCCACAGCGCCGGCUCCGCGGGCGCGCCGAGCGACAAAAACUCUGCGCGAAGCGCCGCGGGGUCUCGCGCGAUCAGCGGCUCAAACCCGAGCGGCGUCGCGAGGUCUAACCUCGCGCCGUCGUACGACGGGUCCCAGAACCCGGGCUGGCCCGCGUUCCAGUACACGAGCAUCGCGAGCUUCGCGAGGAGUCUCGAGCCCUCGAACGAGUGCGGGUCCAAGUCCAGCGGCGUCGGCGGCGCGUCCGCCGCAGCCGCGGGGGCGUCCGCGGACGACGCGCGCGAGGACGACGCGCGCGGCGACGACGACGCGGGAAAAACCACCGCGCCCCCCCGGGUCCGCAUGCUGGUCGUCGACGACGCGACGCGCCAUCGCGGGGACGCGCGCGUCCACGACGCGCGCGGGGUCGGUCGCGCGAGCGGACGCGCGCUCGCGCUCGCCAUCGCCAUCGCUCGCGCCGCGGCUCGAAGCGCGGCCAUCGGCGCGCGAGGGAGUGGCUCGCGCCCCGGCGACGCGACGUCGCGUCGCGUGGGCGGGCGGUCGGCGUCCACGGGAACUCGCGCGAGCCGCCGCGCGCGCGCCGACGAAAAAAAGGUCUCGGGAACUUCCGGAGCGGCGGCGGGGACAUACGAAGACGCGCGCCGCACGUCCCGUCAUCAUCCGUCAUGGCGUUCUGGGGCCUGA